AUGGCCCCAGCCGACCCUCCGACAACCCUACCACCUCUCACUCGAAUCAGCUCCAACAGGGAAGACGAAACUCCUGCAGCCCAAGCUUUCCCACCAUCGUCAUCUUGGAAGAGCAAAUUUCAGAAGCAUGUGAACUCGUGGUUACAGCCAGGCAGUAACGAGCCACAUGUUGAAGAUGCUCAGUCCCUCACGUUUAGUAGAUGCCCAAGUUCUGCCACUGCAACGACGAGAAGCGCACAUGUCUUCUCGGAAUUCAGGCGCAGGCUUAACAAUACGGCCACUUCCUCGAGCCAAUCCCGGCCCCUGCAGUCAGAGUCUUUAGGUUCCCUCACUUCGGCUUCUAUUUUCAGUAGAAAAUCGUAUCCAUCAAUAUUCAGCAAUGGCACUGAUGCAACAUCAAUAUCGGGUACUUUUGCGACCUGCGGAGUGACAUGCUCUGUGGAUAGUCCCUCUGUUAGGCUGUAUAAACCUUUGAAGACCAGCCUGAUAAUAUAUGUGGCUCGCGAUGAUAUUGAAAUACCUCUGGAUGUGUUGGAACAAUGGGAGACCACCGACUUGGGCAGGCUUAGAACAGACCUGAGCGAGGUGAUCAUGGAGAUCUACCGUAAAGGCAUCGAUCGUGAGUCAAGAAGACACAGGACUUCGUUAGGCAUCCCUCAAGGAGUUCAUGAAUACGACGUUGUGUUAGAGCUUCGUAUGUCAGGCCGAGCGCCGCGCGAUGCUAAUCAAGUUGCCAUCCGGCCCAGCAUUUGGAUCAUAUGUGGUAGCACUUGGGCAUGCAAAGAUAUAAUGACUGCUAUGGAGCAUAUUACGUGGCUGACGCUGCCAGUAGAAGUUCACGAGGGUCGCGUACCGAUUCCAUCGGGGGCUGAAGGGAAAGUUGAUGUCAAAAAGUUGGACCUAGCCAACGGGUGUCAUCUUGGAAACGGCGUAAUACUUUAUAUCCACAUCGAGGACUCUCUGGCGGAUAGUACGUCAUGUGGACUCCUCUGCUGCGCGACAAUAAAAGAUGGCGAUAAUUACUUGCAUCGCUUCAGUCGCAUUGGCGGCCUCGUCCUAGCUACUAAUACCCUCAAGUCUUCUCAAUAUGGUGUCUCAACCGCUCAUGGGAUGCUAGAUUAUCCAUGGUGGCACAGGCAGCUAAGAAAGAGGGAUUCGUUAACCACAUGGGAUUGCCAAAGUGCUGCAAGUACAAGUGAUGGGGUCGAUGAUGCUGAUAGAGACAUAAAUCCACACUCUCCUAUUUUCUCGGACGACAACGAACCUAGGGAAGGGUAUCGAGACCCUCAACUCGUACCACGCUGGAGAAAUGUUACUCGCCAUGGUUUCCUCAGUUUCAUGGGAACUUCAGUGGCGACAGAGGACCAGUUGCCGCUGCAUAAUGAUCAAGCGAGUCAGACAGAUCACGCAAUGAUAGAUUUAGGAUAUCCACAAGACACUAGCUCCUCGUGGGAUAAUAAAUAUCGCCCUAGAAGAACACCGUCGGAGGGCUUUAUCGACGUCACGACGUACACGAGCAACAGAGAUCUCACUAAGGGCGAGGUCAGCAUUCUCUGUCAAGCAGAUUCGCCCGUAGCUGGGCAAUUGGUACCUGCAUCUAUCUGCCUUGCUAUGGGCGGUAGGAUGUUCACACUACGGAAGCUAAGGACACCGGCUCCUCUUGCACGUGGUGUCUCAGGAAGCUGGGUUACUAGAGGCACAGAUUUGUGCGGUAUGGUUAUUGCUGUUUCAAACCCUGAACCAUACGUUUAUAUGACAACGGCUGAAGAUCUCAUGUACAAUCUUGAAGCCAGCAGUCCUUCAAUCGAGACCAUCGAAGUUUUUAAAUCCCACAGCAGAAAAGCGAUGCGUGAUUUAGACAAAGCUGUUAUGCAGAUGAGCUCCUCGCAGAAUGAAGGGGGCGAAUUAAUGGCGCCCGUUGCGUCUUUACGGGCCUCAACCAGCGAGCAGCGUCCAGUUAAUAGUACGAGAAGAAGCCUGAGUUCAAGAGUCAGGAGUCUCCGCGGCCUUGUGAGCGACGAUCUAUACCGCAGAAACGGUCUUAAGCUUCAACGCACGCGAUCCCUAUUUAGCGUGCUGUCGAACAGGUUCAGUAGCAAGGUUGAAGAGAUCAUCCAGCCGGCACACCAGGUCGGCACCAAAAGCAGCGUCAAGCAUAUACCUGAAGCAAAGAAACUAAACAGGGAUUGCCAUAUAAUCAAUCAUCAUCCUGUUCACGCCAAAAUAGGGUACAUACGUAAAUCGCGGUCGCCCCUAGAGCCAAUCUCUGAGAUCGUUGUAUUAGGAAACAAUAUGAUUUCAGAUUCCGAGUACGUCUUUAUGAAAUCAACGGCACGCAUACCAAACACUACCUUCCAACAUGGAGACAUCCGGUUGAUUCCACCGGCUGCACUAGAACCAAACUUGGAUGUCAAUCUGGAAUGUGACGAGUACGAGACCGCUCUACGCAGAACGGCUCAUGACUGGUUAGACGGCAGUUAUGAAAGCCAGCAGGAACAGCAAAUCGACGAGAUAGAAGAACUGCUUGACUGGUGGGAGUCAUUUGAGCGCUCUGGGCUAAUCACAAAGCUACCAGACGAAGAGACUCCGCGUCCGAAGAGCGCCACGAGCGAUGAUUUCCCUGGUAUUUCGUAUAGUGAUACGACUUCAGAGGGUUCGAUAAGCUCGUGCCAGAUAUGGGCCAAACAGGUGGACUCGGCUGCAUAUAGAUGCUUGCUGAACCGUUCAUAUGAACUCAAGAAUGCCAAGCGAAUCUCAACAGGUGCAUUGUCUGAAGAUAAUUUGAAUCUGGGUGGACUCGCUGGAUUUAUAGGUACUUCUGAAGAGGCGUGUGAAGUUGACUGUGUCUAA